AUGCCAGUAUGUGGGAAGGACACGUCACUCCCUUCCGUGCCUCGUUCCAAAGGCUGCCUCACCUGCGUUGCCCGAAAGUCUCGUUGUGAUGGUAGAAGACCUACGUGCCAAGCUUGCGAAGGCCGGAAACAGGUUUGCAGAGGAUACCGCAGGGACAACUUUGUGUUCCUGAAUGACGGAUGGCGAGCUCCUGGCGUAUCCAAGGCGGGACGCAACAAGCCCUCAAAGCCCAGGGACAAAUCGCCUGCCUAUGCCAACCGAGGACAAAUAAAUGACUCGGGAAAUCGGGCUCAGGAAGAGCCCGGUCCCUGUAUCAUGGCGGCAUCCCCUCCUCUUUACCGGAGGCCGUCAAUUGACAGGAUCCAGCUCAGCGCAGCCUUCUUCAUGACCGGGUUUGCAACGAAGUUUAUCACAACCCCUCAUUUCAUGGCCAGUCUAUUCCGCAUAUACUUCUCUGUUGAUUCUUAUGCAACUAUCAAUGCUGGUGCGAGUGCAUCCCUCAGGACGCCAGCAGUAUUGGCUGUCAAUGCUCUUGCUCAAGGGCAUUUCGGCAGAGCUAUGGGCGACGCAGAAUCUGUUGAGCAAAGUUUCCAUAAAUACGGCCUCGCCUUGAAAUCAAUGACAUCGUCCAUCUCGGCUCUGGGGUUCAGCAGUCUCACCCUUGAUGGCGUAUGCGAGGAGAAUUGGCAACAUUUCGCAUUCUUCUGCGUUGUCAUGACUUUUUGGGAACUCAAAAUGUGCCCUCUAUCCACAAAUUGGCAAAGCCAUAUCCGCGCUCUAUCCGACGCCAUUGCUCUGAGAGGGGAAGAUCACCCGUACUCGAAAACCAAUAAGCAGCUCAUAGCCGCUUCGCGGUUAAUGAUUUCAUUGCAAACACUCUCUUCCCGGCAAUUGGGUAGUCUGACACCCUACGAAUGGCGAAAGAGGUCUACCAUCCGUUCUGCCUGGCUUACUGAGGCGAAAACGACGAUAUAUACCAGCGAGGAUCUGAUUCCAUCCUGGGGAACCGAGAUCUAUACCUUUCUAGAUUCUUUGAUGGAUUCUCUCCCAACGUUGGCGAGCCUGAUAAGUCGAUAUGACAAGCUUGUCGUUCAACUUCUCCAGACUGGCAGGGCGAACGACAGUGAGCCUAGUCAAGCUUUACUAGAGCUUUAUCAUGAAGCGGAAACCCUGUUGAGCCAAACACAAUUAUCAGCGACGGUAUGGCAAAAAAAGGUUUAUGAGGUUCCAAUCACCGACUGCCAAUCGAAUCCAAACGCCGACCAAGAGGAGGCAAAGGGUCAUUCGAAGUUCUGGCAUACGUUUGAACAGGACUUGCACUCAUUAUUUGACACCGUCCUUCACUUCCACUCAAUGCACGAAUAUCAGGCCUUCACUCUGUACUGGACCGUUGUCAUAUCAUUACACCUGCAGCUGGCGGAUAUGCUCUCGGUGAUGAUGGCCAUCAACUCACAAUUCAUACCAGCCGAUCCCGGAAAAGAGAUCCGUCAUCACCGCGCCCAACUCGUCGGGUAUGCGGAGAAUGUGCUUCGGGCCAUUGCCUUCGCAGAGAACGUCGCUAACAGAAGACUUGCACCGUUUUUCAUCACCACCGCUUUCCAGAUGACGACCGUCGUUCUGGAAAAGGAGUGUGAGGCCCUGCGAGGGGAACACGGGAAUCUGGAGAUCGUCCGCCGGUAUGAAGCGAUGAAGGCUCUGGCGUGGCGAUACAUGAAAUGGGGCUUGCAAACUAAGAUUCCGAUCAAACUAGACACCACAGGCCGUCUAUCUUGA